CUUGUUUCCCAACCCCCCCUCCAAGCAAAGGCUUCAGGAUGUCACACAGUAGCUGACUCCAGCCGGAGCACAGCGGUGGUUUGGACCCAGGCAGAGCCCGGAGAGGAGUUUGGAGAAAGAGAAGCAAGAUAAUUUAAAGCAGACACUGUCCCAAAUGAGGUUUUUUUGCCUGAAAAUGCCUUCGUUAUGAAGUUACGGGGGUGCCUCUCGGAGCCUCGGAAUGGGGGAAGGUGAAGCUGAAGUAAAAAAUCUCAUCGGUCCCAGGAGUGAGGUGGUUUGGAAGGGCUGGAUAUGCUUUUUAAAGACAUGAUAAACCACGUUUGGGGAGGCAAGAAACUCUUCAGACAAGAACCAUGAAACUCUACAUCAUCUUCUUCCUGGCAGUGGUCAACAGAAGCACCUCCAACAAUCAGCCCACAGCAGGGAUAGCCUGUGAAAUGGAAAGUUCUCAGGCAUUUUGCCACAACAAAGACCUUCACCAAAUCCCUCGUGAGCUCCAUCCGAACGUAAACAAAUUAGAUCUGUCUGGCAAUGUGAUACAAAGCAUCCCUGAAAUGCCAUUAUCAUUUUACACUUCCCUCCAGUGCCUGGAUUUAAGUUCUAACCAGAUCAGCUUCAUCGCUCCUGGAGUCUUUGCACACAUGACGAGGUUGCUGGAAAUAAAUUUAGCCAAUAAUCACUUAUAUGAACUUGCUCAGAAUGGGACAGAGGGGCUUGGACUUCUACCCAAGGUGGAAAUACUGGACUUGUCCCACAACAGUCUGUACAAUGGGAUGGCUGAGUAUUUCAUUAAACAAGCUCCAUCCCUACGGUAUCUUUCCUUGGCAGACAACAGUAUUAUAAUGAUAUCACACCAGAUGUUUCAGGGAUCUCCCAGUCUUGUGGAGAUAGAUCUUCAGAGUAAUAUCAUCAUGGAAAUAGAAGAAGGUGCUUUUGAGACUCUAGUGAACCUUUCCAAACUCAACCUCUCCAUGAAUUCGAUUACUUGCAUCUCUGAUUUCAACCUCAGGCAGCUGGAGAUACUUGACCUUAGCAGGAAUAGCAUUGAGUCUUUCCACACUGCAAAGUCAGAGGAUGAAUAUAGCUUAAGAUGUUUGGAUCUGAGUGAAAACAAACUACUUCACUUCCCAGUCUUCCCCCAGGUAAAUAAACUGGUAACUCUAAAUCUGUCAAAGAAUCUAAUCCAGCUCACUGCUGAAUCCCCUCAUAAUAAAAUGGACUACAUGGAAAACGAAUGGCUGGAUUCUCCUUUCCAUCUUCUUGACCAGAAGCAAACUAGAAACAAAAGUUCUCUUUAUUUAUCCCAUCUUAUGUAUUUAGACUUAAGUUAUAAUGAAAUCAAAUCCAUUCCAGACGAGUUCUUUGAAUCCAUGUUGUCCCUUCACACCCUUAAUCUCAGUAAAAACUGUCUUCAGGCAUUUUCAGUGUCUUAUGACAGUUCACUGAUCUCCUUAACUGUCCUCGACUUGAGCUCCAAUGCUUUGCAGAGCCUUCUUCUGGAUGCUGGCACGUUGUCAAAUUUGAAGGAGCUCCAUAUUCAAAACAACCACCUUCAGACCCUGCCAUUUGAUAUCUUCUCCAGCCUUCCUACCCUCAGGUUGCUUCAUCUACAGAGCAAUAACAUCAGCCUUUGCAGUAUGUACUCAGGAUUAGCCAAGCAAAGACUUGCUGGAGAGGAAAGUGGUUGUGUGUCUUUUGUGGAUUCUCCUGCUCUUCAGUACUUGGACCUGGCAGACAACAUGCUGACCCUCCUACCAGCAUACACUUUCUACAAGACUUCCCUGGUUGUCUUGGAUCUCUCCAUGAACCCUGGGUUGCAAAUAGAAGUGAAAGCAUUAUCAGGACUGGAAAAGUCUCUGGAAUAUUUGUAUUUACAUGGCAAUAGCCUGGUAGAUUUAAAUAUUGACUUGCCUUGUUUUAGUCACCUUAAACAUUUAAACCUCUCGGAAAAUCAGCUGAACUGGCUGCCCAAGUGGGGUAGUGAUUCCCCACUGGAAGUUCUGGACCUAAGGAACAAUAGGUUUAGUACAUUACAGAACAGCAAUAUUUUAGCACUAGAAAAUUCCCUUAAAAACUUGUAUCUCACUGGGAACCCACUUGACUGCUGUGGAAACAUCUGGCUGUCAUCAAUGAUCCAGAACAAAAAUGUCCAGAUCCCUAACGUGGAGCACUUAACAUGCCAGAACACUCAGAAUUUUGGGUAUCAGGAGGAGAUGCACAUUGGGAACAUUAGACCAGAAGACUGUGAAAAAGAGGAUCUGAAGAAAAUCAACUUCCUUAUUAUAUUAACAUUUGUGUUGGUUUUAUCUGUGAUCAUCAUCGGUGUGGGUUCAUUUUUUUGCUUCCGCAGGCAAAACUUCAGCCAUCAGUUUAAAGCAUAG